AUGAAUCCAGCCUUCAAUGCCGAUACACCUCCACCCCCGCCGCCAAAACCCAGCAGCCAUGAAACAAGUCGUGGCGGUACACCCCAAGUGAACUCGCCAUCGCCAGCUACACCACAACUCUUUCAACAAGGUCAAUAUGGACCGGGCGUAACGAAUCGACAUUUUCCGCCAAACACAUCUAAUCCAGCACCUGCGAACGUACCAAGACCGCCAACUGUUGACGAGGGCUGGCUACCGGAAGGGAUUAAAGAAAAAUCGACAAUCGACCUCCAAACAAUUCUCCAAACUCCAUCACUCAUUUCCGCCCUCUCAGCUACCCACCCCUCCUACAAUAGACACCAAGAAACGCUGCAAACCCUCCUAAACUACAACCAAGAUCUAACACACCACCUCCUCGACCUACAAUCCCAACUAACAACGCUCCGCUCUUCAACCGAAACUCUCCUCCUACAGCACCAGUCGCUCGAGGUUUCCUGGCGGAAAAAGCAAAGCGAGAUGGAUGCUGUGCUGGCACCGUGGUCGCCCAAGGCGCUAUAUCAACGGUUGGGUGCAGGGAUUGCGGAGCAGGAGGCCGUCUGCUUAGCUGUUGAGGAGAGCUUUUUGGAAGGGGAGCAUCAUGGGAAGGCGACGGAGAAAGAAGUUGCCGAUUGGGUGAGGCGUGUUAGGGCAGAGGGCGCAAAGCUCGCGGAUCGGAAGGAGGCGAAGGCGAGGUGGGACGAGGGGAGGGUUGGUGGUUGGAGGUGA